AGCAUACCAGCCACGACGUUUAAUAAGCCAGUUGUUAUCCGACCGUGUCAUCCACUCGUUGCAUAAUGUCGCUGAUCCAAGAAUUCUAUGCUGGAGAAAGUAUCUUGAUAACCGGCGGAACUGGCUUUAUAGGUAAAAUACUAACGGCAAAGUUGCUGAGAAGCUGUCGAAACGUCGGGACCAUCUACCUCCUCGUUCGUCCGAAGAAGGGUAAAACCCCGCAAGAACGAAUCGAAGCUCUAUUCGAAAACUCGGUUUUCGACGUCUUGAGGGCCGAGUGUCCGCAGUUUGCGAACAACGUGGUUGGACUGGCCGGUGACGUCGAGAGUUCUGAGCUCGGUUUAUCGGCCGCAGAUCGUCAACGCGUGAUCAACGAGGUUUCGAUUAUAUUUCAUGCUGCUGCCUCCGUGAGAUUCGACGAGGAAUUCAACAAGGCCGUUUCCGUGAACGUCAAUGGUGUAAAGCACAUCAUCGACAUCGCCAAGUCUUGCAAAAACUUCAAGGUCGGUGUUUGCAUCUCCACUGCCUUCAGCAACUGCGUUAGGGAAAGAAUCGACGAGCUGAUCUACGCGUCCCCAAUUAGCUGGGAGGAUGUCAAUCAACUGACCGAAAUUGCCGAACGUAGCAACUGGACGGAGAGCGUGAGACAGAAAUUCGCAACAGCGAUCGUGGGAGAGUGGCCGAACACGUACACAUUCACGAAGGCUAUCGCAGAGGGUACCGUGGCUGAAUAUGCAAAAGACAUGCCGUUCGCUAUUUUCAGGCCAUCCAUCGUGGUGGCAACUAAUAAAGAACCUUUUCCCGGUUGGGUCGACAAUGUGAUGGGUAUCCAUGGAAUUUUGGUUGGAAUGGGCAUAGGCAUCAUUCGCACCAUGCAAGUGGACGGUGACGCCGUAGUUGACCUUGUUCCAGCUGACAUGGUCUGCAAUGCUCUUCUUGCCUGCGCGUGGGAAACUGCAACCACUGACAAAAGCAUGCGUACAAUGAUCAGAUCUGUUCGCCCGAAUUUCAGACACUUCGAGGACGUUCCCGUCUAUAACUACGUGUCUAGACCUGAAAAUUCGAUUACAUGGAAGAGGUUCUACAACUUGUGCACCGAUUAUUCAUACACCAAACCGUCGUGUUCGGCUAUUUAUUAUAACAGUGUUACUCUUGUGAAAUCGAAGCUGGUUUUCGUGAUUUUGGAUUUCUUUCUGCACCUGAUUCCAGCCUUGCUCAUAGACGCUUUGUGCAGACUGAUCGGAAAACAGCCAACUUUCCACCGACUUUACAAGAAAAUUAGCAAAAUGUUUGGUGUCGUAACGUUCUUUUGUACCCGAGAGUGGGACUUCAGAAAUCAUCGAGUGCAAAACCUUUGGGCACGACUCGACCAUAAAGACAAGGAACUUUUUCCAUUCAGUACGAAGGUCCUUGACUGGAAAGAAUACAUGAAGAUACAGGUUGCCGGCAUUCAGAAGUUCCUCCUGAAGGACAAGGAUGAAGAUUUGGGAAAAGCGAGACAGCGACACUUCAUCCUCUAUGUCAUUCACAUUGCGGUACGUCUGAUCUUCGUCACUUUUGUAAUUUGGAUUACUUGGAAGGUGACUUGCGGAAGGACGUUUCCCGCCAGGGUGGAUGGUACUCGGUAUGAAUAAGGUUUAUUCUUCAAUCUGGGCCGGCAAAAAAUCAAGUCGUAAAAUAAGACCAGCGCUGUUCAUGCUUCACACGUCUUUGUUAUUCCAAGAUUUGAUUCCGACUCCCGUAACGUACUGCACUUAUUCUGUGACUCUAUUAUGUCUGAAAUCAAUAUUCAAUGCGUGUAUAAUAUAUAACACUAUCUGAUUAUUAUGUUUAAGAAUAUCGAAUCAUGAUAUGUUGAAUGAUUAAAAAAAUUACACCUACGUGUCUUUGCCACGAUUCG